AUAUUCACUUUUUUCAUUUUGAACGAAUAUGUAUCUUUAACAGUUAAAUAUUCAAGAAAACACUAUUACAAUUUAACAUUUAAAAUUAUUUUUUUUUUUGCGUGUAUUAUAAGUUUAUAAUUAACGAUAACUAUGACGAUAAAACCAAAUACGUUAUAUAUAUAUUUACUUUCAAUUUUCUUAGUUCAUACUUUCACUGGCUCGAGGAUAAUACCAGUCGAUUCUGCAAAAAUAUUGGCCGUAGAAACAAUUGGUGCUAAAAGUGCUUGGAAUUACGUUAGUUCUGUACUCCGGGUCUUGUCAAAUAAUGGACAUCAUGUUACAGUGUUUACACCAUUUCCCGAAGGUGAACGAGAUAAUUAUACAGAGGUGGAUAUAUCAAAAGAUCAUGAAAUAUUAUUAGAUUUGAAUUUGAUCAAUUCAGUGGAUUCAUGGGGAACUCCGACGGCAAUGAUAGAAUUCAUUAGAACUAAACGUAUAAUGAUGUGUGACGCAGUGUAUAAAAGCGUUGAGUUAAAUAAAAUAAUGGAAGAAAAAGAAAAUUCUAAUUUCGACGUACUCAUCAUUGAAACCACGGGAUAUGAUUGUGAAUUGUAUUUGGCCAGUAAAUUAAACAUGCCUUUGAUUUUUUUGAUUUCAUCGCCAAUGGUAACAUAUGAAGAACGCAUCAUUUCCGGUGGCAUCCCAAAUCCAGCGACAAUUUCACAUUUAUAUACUGAUCACGCCAUUCCUAUGACAUUUAUACAAAGAUUUUCAAACACCGUAUUAUUGGCAUACAGUAUGGUGUCGUUAAGAGUUGACAAAUGGAUAAGAAAGUAUACGAUCAAUAGACCGUAUAAUUGGAUAACAAAUGAUGUUCAACCGUCACUGACAUUUGUAAAUAGUCAUUUUAUAAGCGAAGCUUCGAGACCGUUUUCCCAAAACGUCAUACAAAUCGGUGGUAUACAUUUAAAACCGCCAAAGAGUUUACCAAAUGAUAUAUUACAAUUUAUUGAAAAUUCUCCACAUGGUGUAAUUUUGUUCACAUUAGGUUCAAUGGUUAAUAUGUCUACAUCGCCUGAUUAUAUAAUAAAUUCUCUGAAGGAAGCAUUGGCCCAAGUUCCUCAAAGAAUAUUAUGGAAAUACGAAGGUGAAAUGGUGAAUAAACCAAACAAUGUUAUGAUAAGAAAAUGGUUGCCUCAACGGGAUAUUCUAUUGCACCCCAAUGUAAAAUUAUUCAUCAGUCACGGAGGUAUAUCAGGAGUAUAUGAAACAGUGGAUGCUGUCGUACCAGUUCUCGGGCUCCCUUUAUUUUACAACCAGCAAAGGAAUAUAGCUAACUUGGUUAAUGCUGGAAUGGCCAUAUCCAUGGAUAUUUUUUCUGUAACAAAGGAUAUAUUUUUAAAAAAUGUAUUAGAGCUAGUAACUGAUGAAAAGUAUAUGCGAAGCGCUAAAAUCGUUUCCGAAAUAUUUAAAAACCGACCGAUGUCUCCCGAACAGUCAGUACUUUACUGGACUGAAUAUGUGAUUCGUCAUAAAGGUGCCCCGCAUUUGAAGCCUCACUCAAUGAAUCUAACUUGGUAUCAAUACCUGUUAUUAGAUGUUAUCGCUGUGAUGAUAGUAUUUAUAUGUAUUAGUUUAUUUAUAACAUAUGUAUUGAUAAAAAUGUUUCAUAAACAUAUUUUGAAAAAUUUUCUAAACUUUAAAGCAAAAUCAGAAUGAGUUAGUGUUAAGUUUCAAUUUUAAAAAUUGAUAGUUUUACAAUAAUAUUACAACAAUGUGUAUUCUAGUGCAGCUAAAAAUAAUUAUUAUAUUUUUAUUUCAAUAAUGAUAACUAAAUUGCAAUUAUCGAGUUAAAUUUAUUAUUUGUUAACUAUUAACUUUUAACUUGUCGAUCGUGGUCCUCUUAACUUAACUUAACUUGAGUUAAUUAUUUUCAUUUACUUGACCACCUUUGUUUAUAUGAAUAUAAUGAAUUGUUUAUUUAU